CGCGGACCACUAGUUUACAUGUCAGCAGUUGUUUGGCAAUGUCAACAACCAGCAGGCUAGCAUGGUGUGAAAUGAUUGUUAUGGAAUGAUAUGGAAUCUUCAGCUAAUACCAUGCUGCUGAAGUUAGGUUAUAUGCGUUUUACAAGGCUUAAGUAUGGAUAUUAAGGCAGUGUCAAAAUCAACACAGAAGAAGGUGUCUGUGUUGAAUGAAAAGAUGCAGAAGAAAAACGCGAGCCCGGCUACCGCAAACUCUAAAAAGAAAAAGAAAAAUAGUAAGAAAAAUCUGAAGGCAGACCAAAAGGAUGGCGAACAAAAUGUUGAUGGCGACAAUCAUAUGUUUGGAAUUGAAGGAGUUGGCGUUUUGGAUAAUACAGCUGGAGAUUCCAAGAGGUCUUCCCCUGAUACCAAGGCUAUCCAGGAGAGCGGGGAGAGUGUGCCGGAUGAAGGAAGCUUGAGAGGAGAUGGAGAAGAUUUAACAAGGGAUGAUAUUAGUGAGGUUACAGACGGUGCUAAUACAUUACCUCAGAUAGUGAAAUCACCCCAACCAACUCCUUCUCCGAGUGAUCCUACAAAUACAUCGCAUAAGUCGGCCAAGCCGCAGAAAACUUCGGCCAAAGUGGCCAACCGAGUACCUCAGAGUGGAGCCAAAGGGCAAAGAACUAACAAGCCUAUGCUCAAAAGUGCCAGCAGUACGACAGUCAGUAAACGCACUACUGAGAGUUUACGCUGGGAUCAGAUUUUAGAUAACGAAGAAGAAGAGGAAGAGAGGAUAAGAAUCUACAAAAUGAAUCGCCGUAAACGAUAUUUAGCCGCGGCUCAAGCAAAAGGUCUUGGUUGGGCUGCUAAUUAUAGACAUAAUGGUUCACCCAUGUCUGAGGAUUCUGGGAUAGACACUAAAGAUCGUGAGUGGAACAAUAGUUCAUCAACAUCUGAUACUCACUCUGCCAAAUCUAAUCGUUCUGCACGAUCAAACAAGUCAAGAGGCAGUUCGUCUGAUGUACGCCAUUCUCUGCCAGACUUCGGUACCCUGAAGGGACUCGGCCCCAGUCACUACGGGGCAAUGGCCAAUUCUACACUAGUUGAUUGCUAGCCCAGAUUGUCAUGACAAGUUUGUUGGUUUGAACAGCAAAAUACAUUUAUAUUGAUUGUUGGUAUUAUCUAAGAGUUCAUACCAAACGAAAAAUGCAUUUAUUACAAAAAAACCUGAUGCUAGUUAGAUUUUUAUAACAUCCAUUUUGAUUUACUAGUCCAAUUAUUAGCCCACAUGUAGGGUAAGUUUUUGCUUCUGCAAUUAGGUAAAUUUAGGACUUAUAAUUACCUACCGAUAUAGGAGGUAAAAUUAUACCCCUGCAAGUUGGUAGAUAUGUUUAGCCUAUAUAGCUUGGUGAUAACUUUUAUGAUUCAAUACAUAUCUUUAUUUUUCAUAAGCAUGCCAUUUUAUACCUGUGUUGAUAGAUAUGGUAUUUAGAUAUGUAAUGAAGCAAAGUAAAAUACUAUAAAGUUGUUUGUGAGUGGGAUAAUUCAGUAAGACUUUUCAUGUGUAACUCAGUCAAGACAACUUUUGUGCAGUUGUCUUAUCACACAAACAUAUUUUGGUUUAUGAACAAAAUAUUUUAACUUCAUGAUUAUUACAAGAAUUAUCACAACAAAUGGAAUUUCACUUUCUGUUUUCAAUAAGCAUCUUGAAAGUAAAUUUAAGUGACAUGAACAUUUUCCAUAAGUUUUUUCCUGUGAGUUGAUAUCACAUCUACUGUAUUACUGACCAACAAGGGUAUACAUAUUCUUUAUCAUAGCACAGGGACUUGUCACAAAAAUUCCAAUCUCAGCAGUCUUUGACAAUAUGUAUACAAUGUACAGAUCAUGAGGUUAUGGGAAUCUAUGUCAAGCCCUGUGAAUCAGGGUUCUAUCCUGUAGAAAGAUUUAGAAUUUUUUAACACGUUAUACUUUAAAAGUAAAAUUUCUGAACAUAUUAUGUAGUCUUGAUAAUAUUACAUAGAUGAACAAAACCCAGUUAUUGGUCAAAUAAAAUUGUACACUCUAGUACCCAUUCAUUGUGAACAUGGUUGCUUUUCUAACGAAUGGAUUUUAUUUUUUAAAACACUAUUAGUUAUUAUGAUAAAUUUGAAAAUAUAUAUGAAAUGAUAAUAUGUAUGUAAUACAGUAUCAACUAUUCAAUGGGUUUUUAAUGUUGUGAAUCUUCUAAAUACAUCACAUUUGUUAAUUUUGGUGUGUGAAAUCAGAUCUUGAGAUGAAUGUGUACCUGUGUUUCUCUAUGGGGUUCCUGUAUGGCUGAUCAUCUUUUUUAUGGAUCGUUAAUUUAUUUAUUACAUUUAAUUCGAUAUAUGCAUCAUUGUUUUAGGUACCUGAAAAGGUAUCUACAUGUAUAAUAUACAAAUGUAUACGUUAAACUCAAUGUUUUUGUGAUUUUUUUUCUUACUGUAAAUUGAGAUUUUGUUUUGUCUUAAAUGUAUACAUAUAUGUACAUGUAAUUCAUAUUUCCACAGAUUUUCAGGAAAUGUUUUGAAGACAAAGUUUUCAGUCUGAAAGUUAUUUGUUAGAUCUUGGAACUAAAUCAAUAUAAUUUCAUUACAUAAAUCUAUGGAUUAUUUCUUUGUAACUAAAUAAGUAAUUAUUAUUCCCCUUAAAAAUCUUGCUAUGAGAGAUCUUAAUGUUCUGAAACUAGUGCAACUAUUUCCACAUUAAGGAAAUUAUAUGUAUAGAAACUUACAAUCUUAUUGAAUUUUGUUUUUAUCAUUUCAAAAAUUCUUUGUACUUGUAUAAAAUGUUUGUACACAAUUUUGAUGUUGUGAUUUGUAAAGAUUCUUGUGCAUAUCUUUCAUGUUUUUGUAUUCUAUGAUUGGUGAUGUUAAUUUGUCUGAAAAUAUUUUCCAAGGAUGUAUGAUAUUCUGUGAUAUACCAGUAUACAUAUAUAAUAUGAUUUUAAUAUUCUUGGAUCAGAUUAAAUUUUACAUUCAGAAAUAGAAUUUGAUAGGUUUAAUUUCAUUCUUUCUCAAUUCAUAGUAAAAUAAAUUAUAAAAUUUCAAUGGAACUAUAUAUGUUUACAAGGAAUCCUGCUGCUUACUACAAAAUUUCUAAUACAAAAUGUACAUAAAGAAGAAAUGUGAUACUGUGAAAAUAGUUAAUAUUUGCUACACCGACGACAGUGGGAUGCAAUUCUUUUGGAUGCGUUUGAUUUAAAAUUUAAAAGGUAAAAAGAGAAACUUUUGACGGGUGGUAUAUAUAAUAGUGUAAAGUAUCUAUAACUUUUGGUAUUGGUAUACAACAGCCUAUUGUUGUGAUUAAUUGAUCAUUACUAAUCAUUGUCAUGUCAUUGCAACUUUAUUAUUAGGGAUCAGUUUGGUUUUGUGGGCAUUGUGAAGUCAAAAUAUUUUAAGCCAAAGUACCAAUAAUAGUGAUCUUAGUUUUGUAUGGUAUAAGAUGAAAACGUAUAAUCUCUCAUUAUUAUUACUUGUAGAUCAACAUAUCAUUAAUAAUCUCCAUUAUAUUAUGAUAAAUGUAUAUUUUGGGAGUGCUAUUAUUCAUAUUUUUUUUUAAAUGUACAAAUUUGUGAAAAUACACACAGGUAAUAUUUUCCACUUAUAUGUCAGAAGAAAUAUUAGUAAAGAUUUUGUUUCCAACGUCAAUAAUAUUUUCACUUCAUAUAGUGUGAAAAAGUCCCUUUUUGAAAAAAUGACCCCUUUUCUUUUGUCUUGGUCACUCCUGACAAAGGGAGGUAAUUGAGGCUAGAUUUUUACGCAAACUUUGUCUGUAGUGUAUUCAGCCUGAAGGUUUGAAUUUGUAGGAAAUCAGAUUCCUGAUGUUUUACACUCAAGCCAGACACACUAGUCAUGCUCACCAUUUUGUUUGUAAAUACUCCUCACUACAUCUAUGCCUUUGUUGAUAAUUUAUCUAGAUUUUAGGUGAUUUAUUUAUUAAAUAUCUUCCAGUACUGGC